AUGGAUCCUGGAAUAUUAUUAUAUAGACCGCAACUUGACGAUAAUGAAUUUCAUCUUCUUUCCAAUCCUCCUUGUAAACUCUACUCGCGUAUCACAGAAUUUAUUUCAGCUAACCCCAAUAAUGUUGAUUAUAUAGGUAUCACAAAAUCUCCAAACUCUUUUUUCUUUUACCGCAAAAAUUAUAUCGCAAAACAUAAAUCUUCUAGGAGUAAAAAGGACGGGAAAAUUCUUUCAAAGGAAGCCGGCGAUGCCUGGAAUAAUGAAUCCGACGAAGUAAAAAGUUAUUUUAAAGCAUUAGCAAAGUUGGCUCGUGAAAAAAAUAAAUCAACUUAUGAUAAAAAAGGCAACAUUUCGGUUUCAUCAUCAUCCUAUUCAUGCUCUACUUUUUCUUCCACAUUUAAUAAUACAACCUCGCUUCAUUUUGUAGAUAAACAAUCAGAGCUACAACUACAACAAAAAGAUCCUUACACAAGUAAUAGUACAAACUCGCCUCGUUUUAUGACUCAGCAACCAGAACCACAACGCAAACAAAAAGAUAAUCUUCAUAAAAACAAUAAUAACGAUUAUGCACAUUCAUUAUUCUUUCCAUAUCCUACUUUUUCUUGCACAAACGAUAAUACUACCUCGCUUCAUUUUAUGGCUCAAUUACAAGAGGAUAAUUUUUAUAACGAUCGUGUAGUUUCAUUAUCAUCAUUUUGUCCAUAUUCUACUUUUUUUUGCACAAGUGAUAAUACAAGCUCGCCUCAUUUUAUGUCUCAACAACUACAACAAAAAGAUAAUCUUCAUAAAAACAAUAAUAACGAUCGUGCAGUUUCGUCAUCAUCAAUUUAUCCAUAUCCUAUUUGUCCUUACACAAGUAAUAGUACAAGCUCGCCUCAUUUUAUGACUCAACAACUAGAACCACUACGCAAACAAAAAGAUAAUCUUUAUAAAAACAAUAAUAACUAUUGUGCACAUUCAUUAUCCUAUUCAUAUCCUACUUUUUCUCGCACAAACGAUAAUACAACCUCGCUUCAUUUUAUGUUCCAACAACCAGAACCACAACAAAAUCUAAAAGAAAAUAAUAACGAUUAUGCAGUUUCAUCGUCAUCACCUCAUUCACUUUCCACUUUUUCUUGCACAAUUGAUGUUGCAAACUCGUCUCAUUUAUGA